AUGGCAUCUCCACCAAUGCGGGCGUUUCUUUUCCAGCUAUGGCACCGUUCAGUCGCCCCGCUUAAGACACACACCCGCGGCUUUGGGUUGCCUAGGCGACGCCUUGAAUGCAGGUUCUUCAGUACCGGAGGCCCGGGCCAGACCGACCACGACCGGGCCAGAGCCUUUGUGCUCGAACGAGGCUACACGCCUGCCAUCGCGGAUGGCAUCAUGGCUGCUUUGAAGUCGCCUGGUGCUGGCAUCCCUCAGGGUCGGCUUUAUGCGACCGUGCAGGAGAUGGCCGGGCGAUGGGAGGUCGGAGAAGAUGCCGGACUUCAUUCCUUAGCCAAGAGUGUUGAGCAGGAUUCCAGCGAUGGCGCCCUCCAUGAGCCCGUCAAGAGGGAACUGCUAGCCAUGGAGUGGCCGAAAGCCCCCCUGGUGGGUCGCAGGAAAGGAUGUGUCCAUGUAGGGCAUGAUGCGCGGAAGGGCCGGGUCUUGAUCGCCUCCGAAGACCUGACGAAAGGGCAGGUGGAGCCUCGGCGGCCAGAGAUGAGGAGUUGGGCCCGGGCGGUUUUGACACAACGCACUCAGAUGGACCAAUGGCUUAGAGGCUUAGACUUAGACGAUGUUCCUCUCCAGGUUGAGGAUCCAUGGCAUGUCUCUCAAGCCAAGGCACUCUCAGAAGCUCCGCUGGUUUGUGUCUCAAUGGACGAAUCAAGGGCAUGCAGCGUCAUUUUGGAGAUGGAGGACAGCUGGGAGGCGCUGCUCGGAUAUCCCGCGCUCCUCUACUGGGCUGCCUUGCAGACCUUGACCGAGUCUGAGGUGAAUGGCGCCUUCCAGGGAGGUGUCUCACUGGAAGUGCAAGAGCUGGCGCUGCAGCUCUGGGCCCCUCUGCGCGAGACAGAGCUGUCGGAGGGCGUGACGACGGUGCUGAAGUCUUUGUGGCGGGAGCCUGUGAGAGGCUUGGCAUUGAAGGUGGAGCGUUUGCUGAAGAUCUGGGUCUUCAACUCCUUACGUUGCGGAGAGUGGGUGAUUCUUCCGCUGCUGACGGCCAUGUGCUCUCAUGAUUGUUCUCCCAAUGCCUUUUGGAACUUCGACCUGGAACAGAAGAUCAUUGAGCUCCGUGCAGGAGAGCACAUCCAGCAGGGGAUGGAGCUCAAGAUCUCCUAUCUGAGCUCGGGCGUGCUGUGGCUUCCGGUCCUGGAGCGACGGCACCGCUUGGAGAUCACGAAAGAAUUCGUUUGCACUUGCGAACGCUGCAGCAACCAAUGGGAUGAUGCGCGCGUCUUCGUGUGUCCACGCUGUCAAGGAGAUGCCUUUGCCACGCCCAAGGCCACCUGCGUGGGCGCAGAGGGCGUGGAGGGCACGGAGGGCGCGGAGGGCGCGGAGCGUGGCUGGUGGAAGCUGAAGGGAGCAGUGGUGGAGCUGUGCUCGGAGGAGGAGGAGCCGGCGGCCUGUGUGGCUUGCGCCUCGUGUGGGCCGCUGAGUUGCGUCGAGGCGGCCUCGUUCCUGGUCCCCGAGAAGGACUUGGCCGAGCUGCUGCUGAGGACUCCUCAGUUGGCCACGGCCCUGGCGGGGGACAGCAUUCUGGAGGAGGUUUGUCUUAGCCAAGAAGCUCUCCUGUUGCUAUGGCAGGCGGAGAAAUGUGGGCUUGCUUCGCGACAUUGGGUGGUGGAUGCUCUCAGGGCUUUUGCCGCAGAGGAAGAGCCUGCUCAAUGUCUUCUCUUCACCCUGGCGCGCCUGAAAGCGAUCUCACGCGCACCUGGCGCACCUGCCAACUCUGCGGCGCGGCUGAAAGCAGCGCGACUUCAGGUCUUGUUAUGGAAGGCCAGGGAGAAGCAGAAAAGAGCCAGACCCAUUCAGGCGGAAGACGAGGACUUCCCAGCAGAGGUGGAGCUGGCCGCGCUCUUGGGCCCUUGCGACCCUGAGGCCGUUCAGGCCUUCGAAGCCAGAUCGGCGACCAGAAAGGGAGCGCGAAGCGUGGGUGGGGAGGUGUCCAAGGCUGGAGGGUUUGGAAGCCCUUUUCAGGAAUCCCCACUCGGUUACUUCAUUCUUGAGUUGUGCCCCAUUGGUGUGGCGCACUGGCACUCUUGUACGUACUUUGUUGGUGGUAUUGGAUGCAGUCCCUAUUCGUUCGUCCGUAGGUUGAUCUCAUGGUGCUCGGGUACGAUGGCUCUUUGUUUCGUCCGGACCGAGUCCGACAAGCUGGGGGCCGUACUUCAUAGCAAUGGCCUCCAACCUACAGGCGAUGGCCUCCAACCCGUUCAUGGCGAUUCUCAACUGAGGCUUCCACGUGCAACCGCCGGAGGGUGA